AUGGGCUUCUUCGCCGCUGUCACCGCCUACGCGGCGCCAGUCUUCCUCAUCGCGUCUCCCAUCCUCACAUACACGGACCAAGCAAUGGCCAUGUAUCGCAGCAAGUCGAGCGCAGGCUUCUCACUCGACAUACCCCUAAUCAUGCUCGUCUCCUCAAUCUGCAGACUAUUCUACUGGCCCGGCGCCCGCUUCGACACGGCCCUCCUCAUCCAGGCCUUCUGCAACAUCUUCAUCCAGCUCAUCGUCCUCAAAAUCGCCCUCGACUACCGGCCCGGCCACUCGUCCAAGGGUGGUGAGGCUGCGAUGCCCUUUGCCGGCGCCCGCGACGGCUCCUGGGGUGCCUCCCAGCGCCCCUUCAACUUCUGGCGCUGGCGCUCCGACAAGCCCUACUGGAAAACCCUCCUGUACCUCUUCAUCACGCUGCUCGCGCUCGAGCUGCUCCUCGAGCCGAUUACCCCGAUCUACGCCAAAUACUCGGACCUCGUCGGCUACGUCGGGCUCGCGGUCGAGGCAACCCUGCCCCUGCCGCAGCUCUACUCGAACGCGCGCACCCGCUCGUGCAAAGGGUUCCGCCUCUCCGUGCUCGUCAACUGGCUCCUCGGCGACUCGAUGAAGAUGUUCUGGUUCUUCACAUCGAAGACGGCCAUCCCUUGGUCUUUCAAGCUUUGCGGCAUGUUCCAGGCCGCCUGCGACUUGUUCAUCGGCGUGCAGGGAGAGAAGGACAACUGA